AUGCGUAAUACCAUCUGCCGUUUACCCAAUGGCCAAAGCUAUACAGUGACGCCCGUGUUUGGCGGCUUCAAUUUCAAAUCCAAUGACAUGCACUUGAAGAGCUCGAUCAUCCCCCCGGGCUGGACAAUUGUUCUCUAUACUAGCCAGGAUGUGGACCAGCCGAUUCCAACGCUGUCGGAGGAAGAUCGUGGUCGAUCCCUUUAUGCCCAGGGAGAAAUGGACGAGAAUCGGCUGCGGACCACACGGUUCACGAUUCCGACCCUGGACAAUGACUGUUUUUAUAUCUCGUAUAUCGUCAAUCCGCCGAGCACUGACUUCAAGCCUCCCACCUCGCCCACUCGCCAGAUUGCGAUGAUGCUCUGGGUUAGUCUCUACUGGUACUUCCAAGAGCCUGAGCCAGACCUCCGCCUACGGACGGAAGCUGCGUCGCGCACGCCGGAGACAGGCAGACCGAAGGGGGAAUGGCGCAUCAGUCUCAAGCGGGAGGGGAUAUUCAAGGGACGCAAUUUGUUCCAGAAGCUGGAGCGGAUGGGUCUCAUUGCGACGGAGGACUCGUCUGUCGGACAUCAGCCCGUUGAGACGCGAGACUCCCAGGCGUGGUCGCGGAUGUUCGUCAGCCGGCGGAGCUUCUGGCAGAUCGACCCCCGUCUUUUCGUAUUCACCCCCACCCCCACCAACCCUCUGCAGUCUGCUCUGUCGUCGCCUUUCCUCUCGCCUAGAUUCGCGUCCCCCUCGCGGGACAGUCUGCUGGGAACGGAGUCUGGAUCCGCCGUCGGGAAGGAUAUCCUGCCGCAUACGCCAACAGAGGGCCCGUUUGCUUCCAGCAGCCACCUUCCGACGUAUUUCCCGCCGCCGCCCACUCAGUAUACGUUCACCAACGGGUUGCGACAUCCGGUUCGGCCGAAGCCGCCUCAUCAGGGAGAGGUGUUUUACAUUCGGUACAUUCCCAGUGUUGGGCAGUAUCUGUCCUUCCGUGUGCCGAAUCUCCCCGCCAGCGGGCCGGCGUCACACCUCGGCCACAGUGAAAAUAAGUCGACGAGCAGCAUUGAGAUACCGCCGCCGAGCUCACCGUCGGAUCUGGACUUACUCCAUAAAUGGAUGAAUGAUGCACGGGUCGACGCCGCGUGGGGAGAGGGCGGACCCAUCACCAAGCAAGAGGACUUUCUGCGCAAGAAUCUGUCCAGCCGGCACAGCUUCCCGGUGAUCGGAUGCUGGGACGGGAAACCUUUCGGGUACUUUGAGAUCUACUGGAUUAAAGAGGAUCGCCUGGGGCCACUUAUUGGCGGAGCCGAUAAUUACGACCGAGGCAUCCAUCUGCUGGUGGGAGAACAGGAGUAUCGGGGAGCACAUCGGGUGGCCAUCUGGCUCAGUUCCUUGGUCCACUACUGCUGGCUUGCAGACCUCCGCACACAAACGGUGAUGCUGGAGCCCCGAGUAGACAAUGUGAAAAUCAUUCGGUAUUUGCAGGAUGCUGGAUUUUACAAGGAGGGAGAGGUGACUUUUCCCCAUAAGCAGUCGGCCCUGAUGAAGAUCAAACGCGACUCCUGGGAGAGCCCAGUGCUGUAG